GGGAUUCUACAUUAAUUUAACUUUCUGUUUUAGAUUUUAGUACAAUGUUUGCUUCGAAUUGAUUGUUCUGGGCAUAUAGUUAGACAAAGUGCAAAAAUAUUAGUGGCAUUAAGCAAUGACUUCCAGUUGAUAAUCUCAGUUCUUCAGAGCAAUGGAACAAGAACAAGCUAUAGGAGCAAAAAGGGUCUGGGAAUCUGUAAAGUUAUAUACUGUCAAGUGCGCCAAAUGUUCAAAAUGGAGGCUCAUCCCAACAAAGGAAAAGUAUGAGGAGAUACGGGAAAGGAUCGUAGAACGAUCUUUCCUAUGCGAUACAGCACGUGCGUGGCGACCUAGUGUCUCUUGCAAUGAAGAAUCAGAUGUUAAGCAGGAUGACAGUUUCCUUUGGGCUAUGGACAAGCCGAGAAUUCCCCAAACUCCUCCAGGCUGGCAACGUAUUUUACGAAUCAGAGCUGAAGGCGGCACAAAAUUCGCUGAUGUGUAUUAUGUCACCCCAUCUAACAAAAGAUUACGUUCUAUGGUCGAACUUAGCAGGUACAUUAAUGAGCAUCCGCAUCUAUGCGAAGGCGUCAACAUCUCGCAAUUCUCGUUUCAGCCCCCAGUACCAUUGGAUGAGAAAUACAUUGCAAAGCGAGCCCGUUCUACCACCCAUGACACAAGCAGUACUCCUGCAGCAGGUUUCAUGAUGCUUUCCCUUGAUUCGCCAGAACGAGAGACGUUCAACGAUGGUCUUCCGAGCCGGUGGUUCGUUCAGACGACGGAGAAAAUGCCGGCGGAAGGUGCAGUCGCGGCGGACGACGAUUGA